AAAGUUUGAUUUGGAGUUUUACACAGUCCGUGCGAUAGAAAGGCUCCGCUGAGUAAACUUCACGACAUGUCAAAAACUGUGGAUUCUAAUUGUAUGUCACAUUGCAACUGCCCGAUGAAAUGAUGGUGUACGGUGGUGGUGGAUUUUACUUUUGAUUAUGGCUCUCUGUGGUAACAUUCUUUUACAAUUCAUAUAUAAAGACACCAUUCAAGCCUUUUUUCAACUUUUAUUUUCCAACAGAGCCUGUCAACCCCAGAAGCUCUACAUUAUUAUAAUUAUCCAAUAUGACAAAGUGUGCCAAUUGUGAAGCUGAAAAGACCCCAAUGUGGCGCAAAACGCUUGAUAUAGAAACUAAAGCGGUUCUUACUCUAUGCAAUGCUUGUGGGAUAUACUACAAAACCAAAGGUUGCCAUCGUCCAAAGUUGUUAAUUUCCAAAAAGAAUAUACUUAGUGAUUUGAACAUAAUAAGGUGCUCAAAUUGUGAAAACAUAAACACUUCAAUUUGGAGAAGGGAUGAUAAUGGGAAAUCCAUAUGUAAUGCUUGUGGUCUGUUUUUUAAGAAGAAAGGGUACCACAGA